GACAAAGAAAAGGUUUUCACUCGGUGUGAAUGUUUAGAAAACACUUCUGACCUCCUGUACUUGUCUAUUCUUACCUGAUAAGUUAAAGGUCAAUGGUGUAAAGUGAAGGCUGUGUCAAGGCCUUAGGGAGUGUGUGCGUGUGUGUGUGUGUGUGUGUGUUGCUUUAAACAACAACAAAAAACGUAAUUGUGGACGUGUAAGGUAAGGCCAGAAGGUUACAUGCAUCAUUUUCAUCCGUGAGAAAGUAUAGUCAUUCCUGGGUUGCGAUGUGUUGCACUAAUGUUACAUUCAACACACCAGAUGCUGUCUUCCAGUAUUUAUUUUUUAUUUAUUUACCAAAGAAAGGACAUGAGCAUAAAUGUGUACAUUUCGGGGCUACAGACAAUGUCCAAAGUCCUUUCUCAAUUACUGGUUGAUGAAAUCCAAGCCUCUGUGUGCUGACACCUGAGCGGUGAAUCUGGAACAGGAAGUUCAGUGCAUCACUUGUUUUGUCUCUUCUAUCCAAAUGUGAGCAAUUCACUGCAUCUCUCACCCAAACCAACAUGAGAAAAAGGGCCAAACACUUCUACUAUACCACACGACACACGUUAUAGUAAUGUUGAUACUAUUCCUUUUCCAGCUUAUGUCAUAUUUCAUCCCCACACUAUACAGCUUAACUGCUAAGUGGCAACAAUACGACAUAUGGAACGGGAAAUACUCUGCAUUUCAAGCCAACAUUGAAUUUAAAGGCUCUUAUUUAUUGUGUUUUCAUUCCUAUGAGCGUUAGUUUAGUUUAGUUCAGUGUCACUGUGCUCUAAGUGGAGUGGACAGCAUGCUUGCUCCCUUAGACAUUUCCACUAUGUAGUAAUUCACAACAUACUCUCAUGGGCCACAAGGCAGGAGUAUAUAUAGGCCCGUCUAAAAUUUCCUCACGUUCUGAGGUCUAUGGAGAGAUUGGCUAGAGUGCAUUUCUCCAGCGGACACUUGCAGCUCCAUCCAGGAGAUGAAUUUCAUACUAGGGCUGGCUUUCAAUGCUUUUCUGGGGCGUAUUUAUAGCGGCUGAGAUCAGGGAGGUGGAGGCAUGCGGGGUGGCCUUCUUCAACCUAGCCAUGUUAAGUGAUGCUGAGACCGCAGGGGUGGAGCAAUCACAUUCGGUCAUUCCAUUCUAAAUCCGAACCUCCAUGUUUAUGACAAUAGUAGCGUGACCACGAGUGGUGUGCAGAGCGGUCUCUUUGAAGUCGCCACCAAGCCCUGCCCUUUUAAAUACUGGACAUAGAGGAGGUUUCAGGGAAAGAAACAUAUACCUGCAAGGCAGGCACAUAGCCAUCAUUAGUGAGCUUGAGAUUACGUGGUGUACAGUUACAAGUAGAUAGGACAAAUACUGCAUGUUUACAUUUAGAACUGGAGCCCAGAAGGCUGAUUAUAUCAAUCAAGUCUCGGCUUAUUACAAAUGUAAUGUAAACACAGCAGGGCUGCAUUAUAAAUUUUAACUGCUUCAUAAUUACAGAAAUUAUAAUCCAAAUGUCCCAUGACUGGGCCUCUAAGUGAAAUAUCAAGGCAUGCAGAAUUUUGAUGUGUGUGAUGUGUUAGAAAAAUGUUCGAUUGGAGAAUUGCUCCAAAAUAUUGACCAGACUCAAUGGCAGCGCUAUAUAAUGAAUAUGUCAGCACCAUAUUUGUCAGUUAAAUGGCAAGUAACAUUUAUUGACAAGAUGCAAAAGGACUAAUGUGCAUAUUAGUUGUUUCAAAACCCUGUGACAAAGAAUGACAAGCUGAAUUACUCCUGGCUACAGCUUUGCUUGUCUCUGUAGUGGAAACCAGGCUAUCAUCUGUCCAGCCCUACCCCUUCAGAACAGAUUAGUGUAAAUGAUCCCCAUUUCCAAUGGUAGGUAACACAACACAGAUUAUUAUUCUGUGCUUCAGGGGUUUGUGUGGACUCUUCCUGUGGCAUGAAUCAUUGAACAGGUGACUGUAAUCCAUACAGACUGCUGGCUUCUCAGGGUGAGGGUGAGCUAUCUGAUGCUGCCUGGAGACCAACUGAAGUCCUCUGCCUCAAAGACAAAGCUCAGAUUGCUUCUAACAAGAAAUUUGACAUGUCUAAAAUAUAACUACAAAAACGUUUUACAAUGCUGGCAAGGAAAUUCUAAUUAGUUUUUUGAUUGGAAGAAAAGGCUGUUGCCAAGUUAAGAAGAGGACAAGAACAAUUUGAAGAGCGGCGUUAAGUCCACGGUGGUGCUAUAAACAAAUUCAUUAAGGGGGAUUAUAAUUCCACAUAUUUGUAACGUGUGCUUAAAUAGACAUACUUAUUUGCAGUUGCACACACAGAUAAUUAAAAAAUGAGUAACAAAAAAACAAAAAAUCACAACUACACUGUAGUGAUAGUGUGUUUGGUAACAAAGUAAAAGUAUCUGCUCACCAUUAAUCUGAAAAUCCCAGGCAGUGUUUCAGUAACCUAUGGCAACUGCUUCUGUGUCAACAGAAAUCUUGGACAGGGCAGCUCCUGCAGCCCAGGACUGUGCACCACCAUUGGCUGGCUGAAUGAAUGACUUGCAAACUUGUCUAUCUAUUAUGCAUGCCAGUUUACCUUUAGUGCAUUCUUGAGCUCAUUCCCAGGUAAGCAGCUGAGAGGUGGCCUGCCUGCAUCGACAGUGACUAUCCAAUAAACAAAACGGUCUGUUCAUCUUGAAAACCAGGGGCACCAAGAGGGAAGCCAAAAAUGGAGCUGAUUGGAUCCACUCUGACAGCCACAUAUGCUCGGCCAAAAACCAGCCACUUCCUCCCUGCCAUCUCCACCAUGGCAUCCAGCUAUCGCAACACCCAGCCUGUCUUGGCCAUGAAUCCUAGUGCCAACCUGUGGAGGACCAACAGCUACUACAAGAGCAGCAGCACUGUCCCAACCCCCUCUUCCAUACAGCGAGAGAAUUUUGAUCUGGUUCGAGCCAAGACCUUGUUCUACCCAUCCAACAGGACAGCACUGACCACUCGAUACACUCCAGACGACUGGUACAGGUCCAACCAAAGCAACUACAGGGAGUCCGAGUCGUCCAGAAAAAGUGCAGAGAGACUGAGACGAGACACAAUCAGGCUGAUGCAGGAUAAGGAGCAGCUCACCAGACGAACCCAGGAAAAUACCAGCAAGAACAUUGGCGAGCGCCUCAAUGACAUUGUCUUCUGGAAGUCUGAGCUGAGCCAUGAGAUUGACAACAUGGUGACAGAGAUAGCAGCCCUCACUGAGGUCAAGAGGAGGCUGGAGAGAGCCUUGGCAGAGACUGAGGGGCCCCUUCAGGUGUCUCAAGAGUGUUUGUACCACAGAGAGAAGCGGAUGUCCAUCGAUCUGGUACAUGAUGAUGUAGAGAAAGACCUCAUAAAGGAAGUGGAAGUCAUCAAGUCAUGUCAAGAAAGGAUGAGGCGACAUCUGGACAGAGCCAUUGCUCAGCUGGCGUCCAACCGAGCUGCCCAGCAUGAAUUGGAAAGAGAUUUAAGUGACAAAGUGACAGCUCAGAGAAUAGAUGACAGGUGUCACCAUCUAAGGAACACAUCAGAUGGUAUUGGCUACUACAGAGGGAUUGAAAGGCUGGACCCCUCACUCUCUCUGCCAGAUUCGUGGUCCAAGUUCACAGACGACAACAUCCUGCACUCCCAGAGCGAACGGGCUGCCUCCCACAAGCUCAGGGAGGAGAUUGAAAUCCUGCUGAACACCACCUCCAACGAAAUGUGGAACCAGUUCAACAACGUCAACGUAGCCUUCACAAACCGCAUUUCAGAAACCGCUGACGCUAAGAACAGCCUGCAGACACACCUGGCUAAGACUUUGCAGGAGAUCUUCCAGACAGAGAUGCUGAUUGAGUCUCUGAAGAAGGCCCUCAGAGACAAAGAGGGUCCACUUAAAGUUGCCCAAACCAGGAUGGAGGAAAGGACCCGCAGGCCCAACCUAGAGCUCUGCAGGGACAAUCCACACCACAAACUUGUGGGUGAGGUGAGAGAGAUCGAGGACACCAUCCAUAAGCUUCAGGAGAGGCUAAUGGAGGCUGAGAACACUUUGCAGACUCUGGUCAAGACCAAAGUGACCCUGGAACAUGACCUGUCCAUCAAGGCAAACUCACUCUUCCUGGAACAGGAAAAGUGCAUGAGCAUGCGCAAGAGCUUUCCCAGCAUGCCCCGUCUGGUGGGCUACACCUAAAUCAACUCUCAAAGUAGGGAUCCUUGGAGGACCAAUAUAAUUAACUAUGACUGUUUUAAUGGUUUUGGAGUGAUUUAGAGGGUGGUGUGGGUGAUCUGAAUGUAAGCGAAAUUAAUUAACUUUACAGACAAGGUCUUCAAAAUCUGAUUAUAAACAAUGGAAUAUA